UAUUUGCUGGGACGCUCACUGGUGUGUUUGGAUUUUUUUUUUUUUUACUGGAAUAGCAGCGAGACAUGCGCGGCAGAACGGCUGCGGCUGGUCGCUCCUAAAAGUCAGAGCAGCCGGGACGGGAUAUUUUUUACCAAGACAGACACCAGAGGAGGAGGAAGAAGGAGAAGGAGACGCAACAUGUUCGAAGCCUCGGCGAUCCCGCUCAUCCUGCUGGACAUUACCUGCGUUAUCCUCGUCGGGCUUCCAUUCUUCAUCCUCACCUCUCAACACAACCCUUUCAAGCGGGGUUUCUACUGUAAUGACGACUCCAUCAGAUACCCCCUCAAAGAGGAAACCAUAUCCCACGAGCUCCUGGGAGGAGUCAUGAUCCCCUUCACGCUGAUCGCAGUCAUCUGUGGCGAGUGCCUUUCUGUUUACAUGUCCCGCAUCAAGAACCAGUCUUCGGGGACAAAGUAUGUUUCGUGCGUCUACAAAGCGGUGGGGAGUUACCUGUUCGGAGCUGCAGCCAACCAGUCCUUAACUGACAUAGCCAAGUACUCCAUCGGUCGGCUGCGGCCAAACUUCCUGGCCGUAUGCAAACCGGCGUGGGAUCGCAUCAACUGCAAAGCCGGCGGAUACAUCGAGAACUACACCUGCACCGGAGACAAGUUCAUGAUAGAUGAAUCCAGACUCUCCUUCGUCUCGGGUCAUUCGUCCUUCUCUAUGUACUGCAUGCUGUUCCUUGCCCUUUACAUUCAAGCCAGACUGAAGUCCGAGUGGUCGAGGCUUCUGCGUCCCACCAUCCAGUUCUUCCUGAUUGCCACCGCGGUGUACGUCGGUCUGUCCCGGGUGUCUGACUACAAACACCACUGGAGCGAUGUGCUGGCCGGCCUCCUGCAGGGAGGCUUAGUGGCUGUUUUCACUGUCUUCUGUGUCGCCGGUUUCUUUUCGCAGCCGGUGGAGCCGGUGGUGUCACAGGAGGAAGAACAAUCGCACACCAGUUUACAGGAAAACCCCUCCAACGGAAACCACUACGGCAGCACCGAAUGAAUUGAAGGCUUCUCGGACUGUGCUGAGCGUCGCCUCUAUCCCUUAAAACACACCGGUGAACUGCAAAUCCGAUAUUAACUGCGGGCUGUUUGUCUGCAACACGGUGUGAAGCCAUCGCUGCAGCCUGCACGCUUUAGCUGCUACCUGGCGUGGUCGCUCAACUUGAUUACGAGAAGAAAAGUGCACUGCAGGAGACAGGACUUGCACUUCUGGUUAAAUCCAACAUAAUAUAGUUUAUUCUGGUGUGACAAAACAAAAUACAGCAUGUUGGGUUUACUUUGGAAUCUGUUUUUUUUUUUUUACAGUGUGAGCUUGUUGGAAAUGUGGUUACUCGUGUAUAUUGGUCUGUUGCUGCCAUCGUGAAUGAAUGAAAUUCUUUUUGCCCAGAAUAUAAUGAGCGUCUGUGUGCGCACUGCAAAGCAGGCUUAUAGAGGCCGGGUACCUGUGAAUAAGAAAACCGGGACUGUCCUUAAAAUGGAAACUGAACUCAGAAAUAAUAUAUUUGACGUUCAUUUUUUGCCUUAGAGUUGUGCUGCUACCUGCUGUUAAGUCACCUCCCUGUUACAAUGUCAUGUACGGAGAAGACAAGUGAUUGAUUUUUCUUUCUUCUUCUUCUUUUUUUUAUAUAGUUUGUAUGAAGUGCUUUUGUCCACACAGAAGCUUUAAACAGAGAAAAACGAGAGAAAUAAAGAGAAAGCCAUUUUGCUACUUUGAUACGAAGAAGGAAA